CGCUGUGGACUUUCGGGUUUUUUUUGGGUGAAGAGAAAGACGGCCACCGACGUAGCUGACUUGCCUAACUUCCAACAACAAGUUCGGACUUUCGCUUUCAAAAGCGUCUUUUGAAAACGUUGCCAUAUUUGGUUCAAGUAACAGCCGACUAGUCCCCUUCGUUCCGUCGCCUAUCUUAGCUUUUAGCUUGGGUCCGGACGACGACUUUGCGCCAGGCAGCAAGCUAACAGCUGUAGAGAUUGCUAGCUUGUACUCUAUCCUCGACGUCGAACAGCAAAGAAGCCCUUCCCGGUGUCUUCGUGUGCGGCUAUUGACGUGUUGCAUGUCGAUGGACCUUCGCCAGCCUGCUGUGCAUAGUUAUUAACCGACUGAGGCGGUAGUUGAAAUGGCCAACGCAGCGCCCUCUUCACCUUCUCCGGCCAGUGGCUCCCCUGGAGCAGCAGCAACCGCCGCCGCCGAGAACGCGAGCUCGGGAUCCAGCAGCUCGACCGCGGGUGGCGACGGUGGCAACCAGGACAGCACGUUUGAGUGCAACAUUUGUCUGGACACCGCCAAGGAUGCCGUCAUCAGCCUGUGCGGACACCUCUUCUGCUGGCCCUGUUUGCACCAGUGGUUGGAGACGAGACCCAGCAGACAAGUGUGCCCAGUGUGUAAAGCCGGCAUCAGCAGGGACAAAGUCAUCCCCUUAUAUGGGCGCGGAAGCACCGGGCAGCAAGACCCCAGAGAAAAAACACCCCCACGACCACAAGGCCAAAGGCCCGAGCCGGAAAACCGCGGCGGCUUCCAGGGGUUCGGGUUUGGGGAUGGAGGUUUUCAGAUGUCCUUUGGAAUCGGCGCCUUUCCCUUUGGUAUUUUUGCCACCGCGUUUAACAUAAACGACGGCAGACCCCCUCCAGCUGCCCCAGGAACCCCGCAGCACAUGGACGAACAGUUCCUCUCCCGACUCUUCCUCUUCGUGGCGCUGGUCAUUAUGUUUUGGCUCCUCAUCGCCUGACGGCAACAUGAGAUUUAUUCAUAAGAGACAAGAUAAGACUUCUCUUGGUUUUUUUCUUUUUAGAGGAAGCCAUGCAACGUUGAAUCCUUGAGUGUAAAUAGAAAUAAGAGUUGACUGCGGAAUUAACAGCACAAUUGAUAAUAAAGCUCUCGCGCAUCUUGUGGCACCUUUUGGCAAGUCAAACAUACUUCAGGGGGCAUCGACUAAUCAGAUUUUCGCAGGCGCACACUCUUUUUUUAGUAAUGACUGUUCAUUGAGUUGUUUCAUCCCUAUACUGUAUGUCACUAAUACAUUGUCACUUUUCAGGGAAAAUCGCUGAAUUUCUACCCUACUUUUUUUAAAUAUUCAAAUUGAAAUUAAAUUUCAAUAUAGCUUUAAGGCAAAUAAAAAUACUCACAGAACAUGGAAAUGUGUGCUUGUGAUUAGACAUUGACUAAUUCAGGAGGAAGGUUCGUUUGAUGAAAAUAUAUAAAUCUCACUAUCAAAUUGUGUUAAUGUUCCGGUGAAGAGAAAACACAUUAAAAAAAUUGCUGCUUUGCAAGCCCAAA